AUGAAGGGACGGCUGACUCUACUGUGCGUCAUCGUGGUUGCAUGUAUACUAGUGCUGGUGCUAACAGAUGGCGAUGAUGUCGCCCCAACGCGUGAGCAAUCGUUGCGUCACACAGUUGUGGAUUGUGCACUCAGCAGAUUCGCCAUGAAGAUUAAAUUUCUUGACGUGGUGUCAAGUAUAUGUGGUAAGAAGUGCACAGCGCCAUCGAAGCCGUUAUUCUGUGAUCGCGAACGUUUCCUCCAGACGCAUGGAAGCCCCCGUUUCGAUUUCUCCCACAUUCCCAGAGAUGCGUUGCGCAGAAAUGGGGAGAGAGUGGAUGUGAUUUACUCCGCUAUUGGGGAGCGUUUCUACGGCGCUGGGGGCCAGUCGUACGUUUUUGAUUCUAUCCGGCAGUGGCGCCUUUUUCACUCGUCUGAUGAGUCACGGGUUUUUCUCGUAAUGGACGACGCGCGCAUGUUGGACCCCCAGACAGUGAUAUAUCAGCGUGACCUUGAUAUAACACUGGUUGCAAAAAGUAGUGUAGAAAGUCCGCGACUGGAGCGAUAUCGGCGACUAUUUUACAUACAAGGCUUCAUGCACCCAGGCGGGAAUCGCUCUACGGGAAAUAAACAUUUUAAUCAGCUCGUGACGGAGCGUUUUUUCGCCGUUGCCGCUGUUAUGAAUCGAUUUGGGCUACGCCAUGUCCUUCACGUGGAGAACGAUAAUAUGAUUUACGCCAAUAUGAGAAGAAUCGUCACGGCGAUAGCUAGGUGUGGGUACGACAUAGCAUCGACUGCGCCUUCAGCUGAUAUAUUUGUGCCUGGAGUCGUUUACAUUAGGGACGCGGCGUCGAUUGAGCGGUUUGUUGACUAUCUCAACGACUUUUUGGACUGCGGGAAGAGUUUCGGUCUUGCCGUGGGACGCCAGGUCACUGGAAAGAAGGAUCCCUACGCCAACGACAUGACGUACCUGAUGAAUUACUAUCAGCUUUUUGGGUCGGCAUAUGUGGGGGAACUUCCGGCUUGGCUGCAUGUGGAGGGGGAAAACUGUGUUGUGGAGAGCUCAAAGCAACUUGGGAUCCCACCUUUUCUCUUCGACUCGGCAUCGUUUGGGCAGUGGUACAGCUUUGCCGCCCUAUACGGGACUUCUGUGCCCCCCUCAAAAGUUGUAAAGGUAGUGAAGAGACGUUACUUGGACAUCACGCCUCCGCCGGAGAUAUCAUGGGUAUAUGAGGACGGAAAGAAGAUACCUCUAUGGAAGGGAUUCCGCCUAGUCUCUUUACAUAUACAUGCGAAAAACCUACACAAUUUCACAUCUCAGUGA